CCUCCGCUCUGUCAUUUGAAGCAGUAUCAAAAAUGGCGAAUAUUGUGUGCUUAAACAAAUUGAGAAUUUUAUCUGGAUUUUCUGCCACAUGGAAAGGUUCUGGAGGUGCGGAAAUGAUGCUGGGGCAUCUGAAGUGCCACGGGAUGAUUGGUCAGCUUGCCGGAAGUCAAGUGCGCCAUUCGAGUUUCAGAUCGUCGCCACAGUUCGGCCAAAUUGACGAUCAUCCACCGGUGGAAAUUGCAAAGAAUCCACCCGAAUGGAAAUUCGUGGAGCGAUUGUUGGGUCCAGUUACAGUGCCAGCGCCCAGUAUCCGCCCAAAUUACCCUUCCGGCUGGCAACCACAGCAGCCAGAUGCCCAAAAUCGCGAUUACUUUAUCGCUCGCACGAGAAAUCACAUGCUCCCUGUAUAUAUGACGGAAAAGUUCCGUGGCUCGAAGAAGGUAACAAAGGUGAGGAAAAUCCAAGGCGAUAUUUGGAAGUUGGAAGAGGAAUUGAGGCAUGUGGUGGAAAAAGCUGCUGGAAAGAAAGUCCUUUCGCGAGUUAAUGAAAUGAGCGGACAAAUUGAAUUCACAGGAGCUUAUGUCAAUUUAAUAAAAAAUUAUCUUCAGGACAAAGGAUACUAAAUAUCACUAUCCUUUUUUUUUCUCCAAUAAUUUUUACAGAAUAGAAAAAUGUUUUUGCAAAAAAUAAAGAAAAUUGUCCUAGAAAA